AUGACCUCACUCCCACCAACCCACCGCGCCCUCCUCCAAGAAGUCUAUGGCGAACCACUCCUCGUCAAAGACCUCCCAACUCCCCAAGCGACCUCAGGCUCCGCAGUCCUCAAGAUCCUCUGCAGUCCCACCAUAUCCUACAUGCGCGACGUCUACAACGGCAAGCGUCAGUAUCCUUACUCGGCCCCGAUUGUCCCCGGCACAUCCGCCAUAGCGCGUGUCGCCGCCGUUGGCUCAGACGCAACCUUCCUCCAGCCGGGCGAGCUCGUCUACUUCGACUGCAUGAUCCACAGCCGUGACGACUAUGACGACGCAAUUCUGAUCGGUCUGGCUCAGGGCGGAACGGAGAGCUCUAAGAAGAUGAUGGAGGGGGGUGGAGGGAUGGGACGUUUGCGGACGAUCAAUUCCACACACAUUUCGGCUGGUAUCCAGAGUUGGAAGAGGAAUGGGAGGGUGGCCUUGAUCGGCGGACUUCAGGAUGAUAUUUCGAUUCCACAUCGAUUCAUCAUGAGAUACGAUAUGACUCUCAAGGGCAAGUGGAUGUACUCGCGAGAGGAGCGUAUGGCAUUCUUGAGCCUGUUCACCAGUGGGGUCUUGAACGUCCGCGAUCUGAUCGAGGUGGUGGCCGAGCAUAGGCUGGAGGAUUGGGAGGAGGCCUUUCAGGUUGCGUGGGACCAUGGGCGGUUUGGCCAGCUGGGGGUGUUCAAGCCAUAA